CAAUACACCAGUCACUACGCAAAUGUCGACCUUCAGCAUCACGUCACAACCCAACUUCCCACGAACGCUACGAAUACCUUGGUCGCUUUACCCGUCCUCUCCCAGAUAGCAAGCACCCUCGUGUAGCGCUGUAUUCACGCCGUAUUGGUGUGCGAAGCAGCGGAUCAGGAAGUCUACAAACUCCAUUCACUUCAGCUCGCCGGACAUGGCAGCCACGGCCAACGACCAGCCGCUUCCGAGUGCGGAUGGCAGUCUGAGCAAGAGCGACUUGACGGCCAUCAAAGCUUCGCAACAUGGAGAGAAGCGAGCGAAACCGCAGUCGCGUACUCGUAAGCCUAAGCCAUCCAGUCAUCAACCAUCGGACGGCACCGUCUCAGACUCCGUGACCAACCCUCUUACGUCCGCGGGCGCAAAGAAGCCGGCGCAACAAGGACAAAGCGUAGCCAACCCUACAGCGCCCAAACCGAACGGUUACAUGGGCAGGGCGAACGGGCAGAAGACACGGCCUGUGUCACUUGGGGGUCCCUUACUGCCCGCGACGCCGGCCAAAGAGCAAGCGUAUGCCGGACCUACAUUCCAUGCUUCGCCUGCCGCAUCCGCGCUGCCGAUACCCAAGUUCUUCUCGAGGUCAGUGCCCGGCGAUGCGAACCCUUUCGCGGCGCGCAUGGCGGGAGAGGAGAAGACGCCCGAGCAGCAGUCCUCGCCUGAGCCAGACGUGGUCGAGCCGGAGGCGCUGCGUGAGACACAGCAAUCACCGCUCGAUCUCUUCUUCAAAGCCGACAAGGAGGAGAGGAGUCGAAGCAGCAGCGGCAUGCUGUCGCCGGAGAUGGCACAGAGGAAGCCUGCUCCUGCGACCGAACCGCGCAAUCCAUUCCAACAGCACCAGUCAGGCAAGAGCGUCUUUCUGCAAGAGCUCGAUGGGAACAACGAACCGAUGCCGAGUCCAAGGACGGUACCAAACGGCGCACGUCCGGAUACGCUCGAGCGCGCACACUCGUCACCAGGUCUGCGGCCGCAGUCGGCGGGCGACCAAGACGAUCGACAGACGUACACCCAGUCCCUCAAAGAUCUUCUCUUCAACAACGUCAACAAGCCUCCAACCACAUCUACUAAUACUACGCCGCCACAAGUGUCACAUGAACGCGCCUACUCUGCCGCUCAAGCGACGCAAACACCAUCUCCCUACCACCGCUCAUCCUCCGGCCCAACCACACCAGCACCCGUGCCCUCGUCCGCGGGCCAACCGAACCACUACGCCCUGCACUACGGUAACCGCAACCUUUCACCACUCUUCAAAGCCGCACGCGGGCCCGAUACUCCCACCCGACCAUCCACCUUGCGCCAGGAGCUGCCGAACGGAGACAAUAUCUCUUCCGCCUUCCCGCGUCCUCCACCUCCGUCGCAAUCCAACGAUCCUGCAGACCCCAACACCUUCCCACGCGAUUACCUCAAUCAACAAAUCCGCGACUACAGACCCGCUUCUCUGCCGCAACUCCCUUUCACCAAUGGCUCCAGGCCGGGCGCUUCUGGUAAUGCUUCGACUUCUGAAUCCACUGCUGCAAACGGCGCUAUGCUUCCUUCUAAUGCUUCUCCACGCGCAGGCGCCACUGGCGGCUCUUCAUCACGAGAUAUACGCAGUAUGGAGGAUGAUCUCCGCCGGAUGUUGAAGCUUAAUGUUCUGGGUUGAUUUGUCGGCUUUGUUUCGACAUUCGUUUGGGUUUCGGCCGGGUUCGGUCUGCUUUCCAAUGAUGGCAUGGCAUGGCAUGGCGAGGCGCUGGCGGAGUUUUACCUAGGCCCUCAGCAGACCUG